GACUCGGUGUCUGUCGUUUUGCUAGCGGCGCUGAGCUGCUCGUUGCUGCAAGAUCCGCGAAACGGUAGGGUGACGGUCAGCAACGGCUGGGCGAGGUACGUAUGCGAUCUCGGAUUCUGGUUGGAGGGAAACAGAGAGAGACGAUGUGUCAACGGACGGUGGAUACCAUCACCUGCACCCUCUUGUCGCAGAUCGCAGAACGAUCGAGGCAACGACUCUGAUUCCGACGACGAUUCUGAUGAUAGCAGUGACGAUGAUUCUGGCAGUGAUGACUCCGAUUCUAGUCGUCGUGGUUCAGGCUCCAGCGACAGUGGCAGCGACAGCGACUCCGACUCCGACUCCGACUCCGGAUCCGAUCGCUCACGCUCUCGCAGCCGAUCUCGCAGCCGAUCUCGCAGCAAGUCUCGUAGCCGAUCUCGCAGCAAGUCUCGUAGCAAGUCUCGUAGCCGAUCUCGCAGCAGGUAUGGAGGAUCGAGUGACAGCGAUGGCGGCAGUUCGUCAGAUGGCGGACGUCGCUACGGCAGUGGGGGAUCCAGCGGCAGUGACAGCGGUGGACACAAGUACAAAUACCGAAGUCGUCAUGGCGGUGGCUCUUCGGGAUCAGACUCUGACUAAAGAGAUGAAAGCAAAAGAAAGCAAGGGACACAUUGGAAACUCGUUACUUACAGUUUCCUUGAUCGAUUUUGUUUGAAAUAAAAACUGGGCACUUGCGGUAGAUUAAUUAAUUAAUUAAUUCUCAAAGAGUGAUUUAGAGUGUUAAUUGACGCUUUGGAUUAAAAAAAACUCAACAAACAAUAGCAUCACUAGUACUGGUUCAAUUUCAACAAAAUGAGACACAUUGAUAAUAGCAACUUACGUUUUCUACAUCGUUUGUGCACUGCGGAUAAGCUAAAAUUUUAGUUUGAUCAUAUAUGAGAAAAAGUACUCGUGGUUGAGUAGUAAGCGCACUCAAAUGCAGAUAACAAAACCAAAUAGUUCCCGUCACGUGAAGCAAUUUUUUUAAAAUUAACUAAUUCUAAAUACAAUUUUAGAUUGUCACCAUGCAAAACACAAAGAACACUGUGUAACAGCAUCAGU